ACGCUUGUGGUGUUGUUGACAGUCGGGACACGGGAUUUUUUUGGUCCUUCGAUAUAUAAGGACCCGUAAAAUGUUGCUAUUGUUGCUAUUUUGCGGCUUAAAAACAAGUCAAUCCAUUGAGUGUGUUUUGAUUUAUCGCGGUAUUAAUCCAGGCGGCAAUUUUCAGACCAUAAUUCUAAAUUGUAAAAAGAAAUGGUUUCCGUGCAUUUUAAUGCCAUAAAGAUUGCUUUACGCAAACAGUAGUCAUUCAAAUCCGUGUCUGUCUUCGAGAAAUGAAUAAAUAGCCACUUAACUGCCAUCAGUAAUAAAGAAAGCUAUUUAUAAUCGUUGUCUCGACCAAUUUCGUGGGUCACGUAUGCCAAUUACACCAACAGAUCGGAUACAGACACGAUUAAAACGUCGCGCAACCUUGUACCUCUUUACAAAGCGUUUUUCUCUCGCCCCGCAAAUAAUAUCCAAAAGCGGUAUAAGCUGUAUAUUAUCCCUGAUGAACGCAGGGCUCGUCAUCUGUGCGACCGAAGCGGAAAUUUCGUAUGUUCUCCACAUCUCUUGAAGGAGCUUGAGAGUGGAAACCGAUCUCUCAAGUGUGUAAAGCGAUACAGUUGACGCAAAGCAAGCGUACCGGAUUUGCCUCACGUGAAAACAUCAAUAUAUUUAAAACUGCUCUUGACAGCUGGCAUAUUAAUGCAAACGAGCCUUGUUUGAUUAGCAAAGAACUGAGUCCAUACAAACGACAGUUCUGUCACAAUUUUACACAAGAAAAGUGGAUUCUAGAAGUGGAAAGGUGUAAGCCUGAGUCAGCUGUCUGUAUUUUUGCUACCAAGUCCCCUGGGAGAUACAACAUUGCAAGCAUAAACUGAGCGAUAGCCGCCAAAUAAUUUUAUGCCGAGAACAAUGCCGCAUACGCAACCGCCUGUGAGAGGGGGCAGUGGAGCGAAUUGUAAUGAUUAAUUUAAACCAUGUCAUGUCAUCAAGAUCUCUCGAUUAUUAUCGUGAAAUUCGAUUAGUGUAACACAGAGUUCCAAAGCGAAAAGUAACACGCGAGACGCACGAUAACAAGCUGGCGUGAAAGAAGACACGAAGGCAAUACACAUCACGAGAAGCGUGUUAGAAGAUUAAUUGUUUAGUCUGCACAAUCAACUUUAUCGAUUUGCAGGAAGGAAAAACGAUUUGGCCCCGAGUGGUGAGUUUGCGUAUCACUGGACUGUCAAUUACCGUUGUUUUCAGCGCUUCGUUGUCGAAGUGGAUUUCAACGGCUUCCAUAUCUGACUCGGAAGAGAAAAUCGUGCUGAUCUGACCACAACAUGGAACCGAGUACGGUUUCAUUUGAUCAUUGUUGAUACAUAAGAACCCCUCUCGAACACAAACACGGAAAAUGCCGAGUUAAACAACGAGUCAAAUCUGCGUCGACUGAACCUCAAACACGACAUCUUCGGGACAUGAUCAGCCUCUUCUCUUGUCGCCCACUGGGAUCACGAUCAAACGCACUGGGAGCUGACGGCGAGUGGGAUUACCAACGAGUGAACUUCAACAUACACACGCCGACCUACUCUGUCAAGUACCUGGGUUCCCAACAGUUGUGCAGUCCGGGUUUCGCGGAGAUCUGUGACACCGUGAAAGCCAUUUUCGCCCAAGAGAAACCCAGGCUGAAAUCUUUGGACCACUACUCGCUGAAGCUGACCAAAGAGGAGCUGUCGCUACGCGACAGGGAUAGUACGGAAGACGAAGAGAAGGUCUUUCUGCUCCGGAGGAUUCGAUUCAGCGGAGUGUCCAAAGCUUAUCAGAGAGUCUUCUUCUUCACCUAUCAGUUCGGAUCAAAAGCAGCAUCGGUGGAAUGCAAUGUAGUGUUGUGCAAGAGCAACAAAGAAGCCAAGAGUUUGGCAAAGGUAAUAUCGAAAGCCUUCGGGGACGCGCGUAGCGAGUUUCAUCAUCAGGAGGUGGCGAGCAGAAAACUUCACGCCGAAGGGUUGAGCGAGAACAGCAUAUCGCAUCUUCAUGUGGACGCGAUCUCAAAUGUCGAAGCUAAUAGACAGUAUUACAACAUGAGUGCUUUUAAGAAUUCUCGCAGCAACUCUGCGGCUAGCGCGAUUAGCUCAGACUUUCGCUCCAAAAGCCGGACCCCAGAUAAGCUUAAACGAAGCAACCAGUCCUGCCAUUUGGGUGCGAGUAUAGAAUGGGAGAGAACGGAAAGUUCGCUUGACACGAGGCAGAGCGACGUAGAAAAGACAUCGACUAGCGGCGAGACAUUUGGUUGUACUUGCGAGAAAGAACCAAUUGUCAAAAUCGAAUCUUUGAGUACUACAACUGUCAAUGACAAACAAAUAAAUGAGGUGCCCGGGUGCUUGGAAAUUGCAACCGAACAAGAGCUCGACGAUGGAGCAAGCAACGACCUAGACAGUAACGAUUUUGCGCGGAGUAGUUCAACUCUAGCAGCUGAAGAAAAAGAGGCUCAACCACUUGGCAAUCACAACAGCAAAGCUAGUUGCGACUGGUCCAUGGUCUCCGGCCUCGAGGAAACCUCGAUAUAGCAAGAUGUCGGCAGUUUAUUGUUGAAUGUUGGAUAAUUUUAACACGACAAAACAACACUACUUGGUGGUUAGUUUUGAAUAUUACUUCGUCGGAAGGCGUCAAGUGGCAAUUUUUACAAGAUAAGCAUUUGCAACAAAGAUAGCUUCAGCCAUUGUAUACAUUCGUCACGUCUUAUUUCGGAGAAGUUUCCCGAUUCAGAGAAAGAAAAUUCAGAUCGAACAAAGAGGGUUGUUUAUGGCGGCAUUCGCGAAAUGAGUGACGAAGAAAGAAGUAAACCGCGUAUUAUUUUAUUAUGCCCUUAAGUUCGCCUCUUAACGCUACGGACAAUAGACUACAAAACAGAUUACAGAUAUGCAAACAUUCGUUUGUUAAUCUGUCAUGGCUGAGCGAACUAGUCGAAAUUCUUCAACUUUUAGCGGGUGAUCAUGUCGCCUUGCGAAGCGCACUAAGUACAUAAAUUAACUCAAUUGUACCGCACAGCGGCGAACUUCAAUUUUGUAAAAAGAGCACAUUCACAGAUCCGACACUAUUAAACUGCGCGAGAUUUAUCGAAAGAUUUGGGACGCGAAAGCCCACAAUAUUGUUUUCAAUCGCUCGGUUCCUGUGUGCUCAACUCAUUUAUUCAAGAGUCAUUGUCACUAAAUGCAAAUAUGAUUGAAAUGUGGACUCUUUAGGAGCGUAGGAGUUGGUAGGACAUUAUUUGUCUUCUUGGCAACUCGAUGUCCGGACAUUUCAAAUACUUUUUGUUCCGUAAUUGCAUCGCACAAAUAAUCGAUCGUUGUUCUUUAGUGUUGUUUAACUUUUGGCCCCGUCAAGCCAAUAAUAGUGUUUACGUUGCGAAUUCUUUGUGUUUGGAAUCUAUUAACUAAAAUAAAAGACAUGACAUCAGCCAAUAUGCUCACAGCAUUGGAAGUGUUUUCGAGAAGAAUAAGCGAGCAAUAAGAGUUAUUUUGUGAUGCGAUAUUCUACGGGUUUAGCAUUGCUCCUUCCAUUCUACUGUAUCACUCGUAUCGGAUUUAUGUCAGCGUUAAAAUCCAAUCUUGGUAUAUCAAGUCUCGACGUUUUCAAUUUUGGGUUUUCAGUUCGCUUUUGUCAAUAUGUGCCACGGGCCACUAAGAAAUGACAUAUUACCUUACAUUCUGAAGACUGAUUGAUGGAUUUGAUUUGAUUUUUAUUUGAUGUUUUGCCCCAUUUGGACAUAUUUCAUUUACAGCCGGGAAGUAUUGCGGACAGGACAUCUAAGCAAACGUUUCAGUGCAUUUGACGGAUUUACAUUUGCGGUGAAUAUUCCAACUUGUCUACCUCUCGUGCAUGAUACAUGCACGUGUACACGGGGAAAUAUUUUCUAGGGUUUACCCCUUUCAAAGGAUUAGGAAGAGAAGACAAUAAACGUCUUUCCUGUUUUCGGAUUACAUGAAGUCGAGAUAGACGUUUCUUUCAAUUUCAACCUAAAUUCCAUACCAUGUAACCUGCAUAUCCGGAUGUAAACUACAUACCUUGAAUUUCAAGGCGGUUACUGAAACCGUGACGAACUGAAAACAAUUCUUUUCCCAGCUUGUGACAUUCAGUGAUCGACCUCAAGUCAAAUUUCCAGCUUUUGAACCAAGCCGGCAUACUUCAAAAACUAUCAGUCACAGACCUCUAAUCAGCCAGUUGGUCAGUCACACUUUUCGACAAACUCUAAUUAACUAGUAUCAACCCGAAGAGUCCAGAUGACUAACGGUUUCCCACGCCGUGAGCGAAAGCGCAAGAAAGUUCCGGUUUUUUUUCCCGUGGAGCCUGUAGGCAAAACAAUUAACCCCGAGUAUCAUUGGCAAUAAUUUAACUGUCCAUAGACAGUCGCGAGAUCCGUAAUUAAAUUUAAGGGCAAAAUUAGAGCGUCUAAACCUUUGUGCAUCAUCAUAAUUAUAAAAUGUCAAAACCAGUUCGGGAAUGAAGUAUAUAGUGAAAAUUGACGCCUUUUUACUCCAGCGGCAAUCUGACUUUAUACAGUCUAACUCGUCCAUUUAUCUGCUAAAUAAUCCUUGUGUGUCGCUAUUCAAGCGAAAAGCCGCUAGUUUCAUGGGGUGUUAUUCUUAUUCUGCAAAAUCGAUGUGUUUUUUUUUUUGUUUUUUGUUUUUUCGUUUCUUCCUUUCUUGCGUUUCUGAACUUGACUGCACUUUGCGUGUGGUUAGGACUAAUUGAAAUUGAGAGUUUAUUAUCACGUCCAUUUCCUUUGUCCGGAUUUUAUCCUUAUUGUGAUCUAGUGAUCGGGGUUAAUUAUCCAUAUUCCAGUGAAUUCUGGCUUUUUUUCAAAGUUUAUGUAAUGAGAAAUGUCCAUUUAAUUACUUCUUUAAUUUCCAACUUCUCAGCCUAGCGUGUUCGCCGUUAGCUUGCGAGCAGGCUCACCUUUGAGUCACGCGCGCGAGUAGUGAAGAGCAAAGCGAUCCGGCCGGAAGGAUCGCGGCUUCGCCGCUCGAUUUCGCGCUCGCAGUUACGCCUCGCGUGGCGCUUGUGGUCCAACGUGAGCCUGCUCGCCGGCUAGUUCGUCGUGCCAAAAACA